AUCCAGAAUAUCUUUUGUAUUGGACUCCCCUGUAUACUAAACGAAUGGUGAUCCCGCAGUCAAUGUCAAAGAUGGGAUUGGUGGGAGCUAUAGGGGUUUCUUUGGUAUUCCUAUCGCUAACUCAGAUACCAUUUACUCAUGCAGAAGGACCAUGCAUAAUCACAUCAGUGAGUUCUCAAAGCCCUUCAACGCUUCAUGUAAAAUGGGAUCAUUAUCUCGGGGCAACAAAUUAUUUUUUGGACAUACGAGUUAUCAACUCGACAGACAUUGCACCUGUUGUGUUGACGUUAUCUGGGUCCGCCAAAGAAACGGACGUUCACGGUUUACGGCCAGGAGCCCACUACAGCGUGACCCUUAAAGUCUUCCAAUACUACUUUGUAGUAUGCCACGUUACGCAACAGGCGUCCACAGUGCCCGCAACCUCCCAGAUAAUAUACCGGAGGGCACUGUCCAGUACAAGCGUUCGGCUAGAAUGGGCACGUGUGCCGACCACGGACAGAUACAUCGUCUUGAUGGAAGGACAGGUUGGACAGAAUCACCAAAUGAUUUUGAGAAAUACCAGCGUGGUAUUCACCGGACUGGAGCCCAGGACAGUGUACAACUGCUCCGUGUUCACCGAGAACGAGGCAGGCAGGGGGCUUCGGAGCGCUCUGAAACCCAUCUUGACACUUGCGCCACCCCCAAACGAUAUCGUCGUGCGGCAGAACGGCCGCCAGAGAGCCCGAGUGUCGUGGCAGCCAGUGGAUCGCGUUCUGCUGUAUCGAGUCACCAUCCGGAACCAAGACCAGCCAAACAGUGAACCAAUGGUGGCAAACGCAACGGCUCCCUAUCUGGACUUUGACACCCUGUCAUGUACCACCUAUGACAUCUCUGUGUCCUCGUUCCACCGAUUCCUGCUGCCCGGAGAGCCCAACGAUGUCUCGUUCACCAGCGACGCCCCCAGAGCCGCCAGCGGUGUGGUGGUGGACUACAGAUGUUCCAGCAACACGGCGGUGGUCUCCUGGGUUCCCGUGGUCGGAGCCGACUCCUACCGAGCCACGGCGACCCACAACGGCACGGUGAGGUCCUGCCUCAGCCGGGGCUCCCAGUGCCAGAUCGAGGGGAUGGCCUGCAGCCAGAGCUACGUGGUGUCCGUCAUCACCAUCGCCGGGGACUGCGAGAGCCACGGAAACUCAACCACCAACUUUCAGACCGUGUCCUGUCCUCCGGAUAAUCUACAACUGUACAGAGAGUGUUCCAUCAAUCUCAUCAGCUUAUCCUGGGAUCGGGUCAAUCACACGGAUCACUACAUAGCGACGCUGGUGGACUCAAUGGGAGAGAUCCAGCACUGCAUGACGGCUGAUACCAACUGCAUCUUCACGAGGACGACAUGUGGGCGGAGCUACAACUUCACAGUCUCCUCCGUCACCGGAGACUGCUCCAGCCAAUCUAGUUCUCCCUCUUUUAUUAGGACAGCACCCUGCAACCCCAAAACCUUCACCACCAGUUCCAGCUGCCAUUCGGACCAAGUGCUGGUCACAUGGGAGCCAGCGGCCGGAGCCUUUUACUACGACGUGAUCGCCCUCGGCAACCAGGGCCCAAACGACCUCCGAAACUGCAGCUCCACCGGCACCAACUGCACCAUGCACGGCAUCCAGUGUGGCCAGCAUCUGACCACCAGCCUCACCGCCUUCGACGACGAGUGUGCCAGCAGAACCCUCGUGAACACUGUGUCUGAAACUGGCCCGUGCGUUCCCCAAAACGUCUCGGCCACCAUGGACUGCGGCACCGACUCCGUCACGCUGAGCUGGGAGGAGGCGCCCGGCGCGCUGUUCUACACCGGCCUGGCGGUGGACGCGGCGGGCCGCAGGAGCGUCUGCCAUACCCUCGGCACGUCCUGUCAGGUCGCGGGGCUGCCGUGCAGCACCGCCUACACCGCCUCCGUCGUCUCCUCCAACUCCCGCUGCAACAGCUCCGAGAGCGCCAGGGUCACCGUGGAGACGGCCUCGUGUCCCCCAGACAGCGUCGUCGCCACCUUGGACUGCGGGGCCAACCAGGCGCUGGUCUCCUGGGGCAGCCGGCCCGACAGGGGCUCCUACACGGCCACGCUGGUGGACCCGGAGGGCCGCCUGCGCAGCUGCAGCACCACCCAGCACCGCUGCACCGUCACCAGCCUGCGCUGCGGCCAGCGCUACACGGUGUCCGUCAACCAACACGACGGCGUCUGCCCCAGCAUGCCGUCCAGCCCCGUCCACAUGGACUCCGUUGCGUGCGGUCCGAUGGACGUGAACGCCAGUGUGAGCUGCGCCUCGGGGACCCUGGAGGUGGGCUGGGGCGCGACCCCGGGCGCCGACCGCUACACGGCCGCCCUGACCCGCGGCGACGGCCAGACGCUGUACUGCAACGCCAGCGUCCCGCCGUGCAGCAUCGCGACGUCGGACUGCGGGCAGGAGUACAGCGUGCAGGUGAUGUCGUACAGCGGAACCUGCAGGAGUUUCCCCAGCAACACGUCCGUCGUCAGGGAAGCACCCUGCGUCCCCACUGACCUGGUGGUCGAGAGGAUCUGCGGCAACAGCAGCGCCGACGUGAGCUGGCGGGCGAGCCGCGGCGCCCUGCGCUACGACGUGAUGGUGGCGGCGGCGGCGGCGGGCGGCGGCGGGGAGCGUCUGGGCUGCUCCUCCAGCGGCAGUACCGCCUGCCGCCUGCAGGGCCUGACCUGCGGCCGGAUCUACAACGUCAGCGUGGUCGCCGUGGGCGACGGCUGCUCCAGCCGGAGCGAGGCGGUGGCUCUCCGUUCAGCGCCCUGCCGCCCCUCCCAGCUGACGGUGCGUAUGGACUGCCUCACCAACGACGCCCUGCUGACCUGGGACCCCAGCGCCACCGCCACCUCCUACUCGGCCCAGGCCACGGGCCCCGGGGGCCAGGAGCUGAGCUGCGGCCCGGAGCCCCGGUCCGCCUGCCUGCUGACGGGCCUGCGCUGCGGCCAGCGUUACGUCUUCACCGCCACCGCCGCCGACGGCCGCUGCCCCGGCGCCGACAGCCUGCCCCUGGAGCAGAUCACUGCCCCCUGCGUGCCCACCGGUGUGCUCCCCGUCGUGGACUGUAGCAGCAACACGCUGGCCGUGAGCUGGACGCCCUUCUCCAUCCCGGUGAACUACAGCGUCACGGCCGUCGACCGGACCGGGGGCUCCGCCUCCCUCUCCUGCUCCUCCGUCGGCGUCGGCGGCGGCGGCGGCGGCGGCUGCGUGGUGGCCGGCCUGCGCUGCGGCCAGCAGUACUCCGUGACGGUCCGGGCCCAGGGAGACCUGUGCCCCGGCCCCAGCAGCGCAGCGCAGUCGGUCCGCUCCGUGCCCUGCGCCCCCGCCAGCCUGCGCCGCGUGAUGAACUGCCCGUCCAAUACGGUGCAGGCGUCCUGGGACCCCGCCCCCGGCGCCCUCAGCUACGUCUCCACGGUGACCGACGCCCACAACGACUCCGCCUCCUGCUCCACGUCCUUCCAUGGCUGCUCCUUCCCCGGCCUGACGUGUGCCCAGACGUACAGCUUCUCCGUGGUCGCCCUCGGCAACCAGUGCAACAGCUCCGUGAGCCACGGGUCCGCCGUCGCCACCGCUCCAUGUGACCCAGAGAACGUGCAGGCCAGCCUGGACUGUAACACUGGCGUUGCCAUGGUGACCUGGACGGCCGGCCCUGGUAGCGUCCCCUACUACACGGUCGUGGCCUCGGCCAGCGGGCAGCCUGAGCACAGCGUCCAGACCAACGUCACGUCCUGCGGUCUGGACCAGCUGCGCUGUGGGGCGGAGUACACCGUGGUGGUGCUGGCCGGAGACGGGAGCUGCAACAGCAGCAUCUACGCCUCCACCACCGUGACCACUGCGCCGUGCGCGCCGCAGAUCCUGAGCCACGAGAUGCUGCUGAACUGCUCCAGCACCCGGGCCCUGGUCGCCUGGGCGCCGGACGCCCACGCCACCUCCUUCUCCGUCAGCGCCACGACCGCCGGGGCUGCCACUGCCAACUGCUCCUCCUCCAGCUCCUCCAGCUGUGUCCUGGACGGGCUGUCCUGUGGGAGGCGCUACGUCGGCGAGGCCGUGGCCCUGGGGGACCGAUGCCCCAGUGCUCCCAGCACCUCGUUUGAGAUCCUUACAGCCCCUUGCAGCCCGACCAACGUGGUGCCCUCGUACACCUGCGGCUCCAGCAUGGCUCUGCUCCGCUGGGACGAGGCGCGCGGCCGGGAGAGCUUCUGCGCCACCGCGCGCGCAGGAGAGCACACCGACUCCUGCACGUCCGCCGAGACCCACUGCUCCCUGCUGUCGCUGCUCUGCGGUCGGCUGUACGAGGUCAGCGUGGACGCGGUGGCCGCGCACUGCAACAGCAGCCGAUCAGGAGACGCGGUGAUCCAGACAGCCCCCUGCGCCCCCCAGAACGUCAGCGCCUCCCUGGAGUGCAGUGGCAACACCGGGCGGGUGAGCUGGCUCGCCAGCGGGGGGGCGACGCGCUACGAUGUGCAGGCGCUCGGCCGGGACGGGGACAGCGUCAACUGCACCACCGACACCACCACCUGCAGCCUACCCAGCAUGCACUGCGGCGUGACCUACACGCUCACCGUCACGCCCUACUCCGACGCGUGCAGAGGCUUCGCCAGCACCCCGAUCCUGUACAUCGCAGGCCCCUGCCCCCCCCUCGGUGUGGCGGUCUCCCUGACGUGUGCGGGCAACGUGGGCACGGUGAGCUGGCUGCCCGCCGUGCUGGCCGACUCCUACCAGGCCUGGGCCACCGGGCACGGACACGCCCACACGUGCAACGCCACGGGCGGCGCCACCCAGUGCUCCUUCACCGACCUCCACUGCGGCGAGACCAACGCCGUCACCGUGGCGACCACGGAGCGCGGCUGCCAGAGCGCGCCCAGUGCGCCUGUGUCGCUGGAUUCAGGUAACAUCCCGUCUGUGUCUCUCUCUCUGUCUCUCUCUCUCUCUCUCUCUCUCUCUCUCUCUCUGUCUCUCUCUCUCUCUCUCUCUCUCUCUCUCUCUCUCUCUCUCCCUCUGUGUCUCUGUCUCUGUCUCUCUGUGUCUCUCUCUCUCUCUCUCUCUCUCUCUCUCUCUCUCUCUCUCUCUCUCUGUCUCUGUCUCUGUCUCUGUCUCUCUCUCUCUCUCUCCAUCCCAGCCCUCUGCCCGCCCACCGGUCUCAGUGGCGCGGCCUCCUGCCUACUAGACGUCAUCCAGGUGAGCUGGGACCCCAGCCCGGUGAGCAGUGUACUGUAUAACCUUCACAGCGGGGGUGGCGUUACCCCCCUCCCCGGGACGUCCUACACGACCGGCCUGCUGCCGUGCGGGGUGAACGUCAGCUUCGCGGUCUCCGCCCAGGACCCCAUCUGUACCUCCGCCCUCAGCGAGACCCUCACGGUGGCCGCAGUUCCCUGCGCGCCCUCUGACCUGAACGCCAGCACCCAGUGUGGCACCCAGAUGGGCCUGCUGACCUGGCGCGCCGGCGUGGGCGCCACGAGCUACGUGGCCACGGCGACCGGGGUCAACGGCCACGUCUCUUCCUGUUCCUCCAACGGCACUUCCUGCUCCGUGUGGCUGGAGUGCGGACAGGGCUACACGGCCGCCGUGCUCUCGUCGACCUCCGACUGCAACAGCAGCACCGCGGCCACGGUCGACUUCACCUCAGCUCCCUGUCUACCCACUAACAUCGAGGCUGUGUUGGACUGCAGCAGCAACUCGUUUGCGUUGCGGUGGGACGCCCGGGCGGGCUCGUCGGUCUCCUACAUGGCCGUCGCCAUCGGCACUGACGGGUCCCGCCAUGGCUGCCACACCUCCUCCACGGAGUGCCCCAUCACCGGGCUGGGCUGCGGCGUCUCCUACGGCAUCACCGUCAUCCCGUCCACCGCCAACUGCGGCAGCAUCGACUCCGCCGACUACCACAUCCAGUCAGCCCCCUGCACGCCCCAGAGUGCCUCCGUCGUGCUGGAGUGCAGCACCAACGUGGCGACGGUGAGCUGGAGCGGCACUGGCCCCGCCCAGGACCAGGUGGUCACGGCGGUGGACACCCGAGGCAACGUCGCGCGCUGCUCCACCCCGGGCACCAACUGCACCUUCGGCCAGCUGAGCUGCGGGGAAACCUACGCCCUGGCGGUGGUGGGCCACAGCCCGACCUGCCAGAGCAAUACCAGCGCCGCCCUAAGCCUCCACUCUGCCCCCUGUGUGCCCACCCACCCCGCGGUCACCUUGGACUGUAACACCAACAUCGCCGUGGUAACCUGGGACCCCGCGCGCGGUGCCGUGUCCUACACCGUCUCCGCGCGGUGCGGCCGCGGCCACAACAGCACCUGCGCCGACAGCGACACCACGUGUGCCUUCAGCGACCUGCUCUGCGGCCAGGACUACAGCCUGACGGUGGUCGCACACAACCCGGACCACUGCCACAGCGCGCCGAGCGAGAACACCACCACCACCACAGGUUCGGUCGUCUCCGUUCAUCCAGACCUGCCCGCUGAACGUUCAGCCAGGUAUCGUACGUGCUGGGGUAAGGAUCGAGCGCCCGCUCUCUCUCUCUCUCUGUGUGCAGUGCCUUGCCGCCAGAGCGGCCUGAGCGCCUCCCUGCAGUGCAGCACCAACACGGCGGUGGUCUCCUGGACCCCCGCCGUCGGCAUCCUGACCUACAACUCCUCGGCGGAGGCCAUCGACGUCACGGACACCCGGAGCUGCGCCACCAGCGGGCCGGGCUGUAACAUCAGCUCCCUGCUCUGCGGGGAGAGGUACCGGGUCGUGGUCAGCGGGCAGGGGCGCACCUGCCCCAGCCCCGCCGUGGACUGGAGGCAGAUCACUACAGCCCCCUGCCAGCCCACACUGCUGAGCGUGGUGUCGUCCUGCGACUCGGACACCAUCGAGGUCUCCUGGAGCUCGUCGCAGGGCUCGGACAGCUACCGCGUGGUCGCCGAGGCCCCCGACGGCUCCACCCUGAACUGCACCACCGGCGCCACCGACUGCCGGAUCGCGGGCCUCCGCUGCGGCCUGCGCUACAGCGUGUACGUGGUGGGCGUGAGCGCAGGCUGCCCCGGGGAACGGAGCCACGCGACCACGCUGCAGACCGCCCCCUGCGUGCCGCGCAGCGUGGUCACCGAGCUGGACUGCCGGGCGGGGAGCCUCAACGUCACGUGGCAACGGAGCAGCGACGCCCGGGGAUACGUCGCCACGGUGACCUGCGUCCGCACGGGCCACCCGACGUCGUGUAACACCACGGAGACCCACUGCCUGGCCGCCGCCCUGGACUGCGGCGCGGACUACAACGUCACCGUGGUGGCCUACGACCAGGCCUGCAGCAGCGCCGCCAGCCCGGUGCAGCUCGUUGCCACGGCUCCCUGCCCCCCGCUCCUCUUCGACGCGCCGGUGGACUGCGGCACCAACGUGGUCUCCGUCUCCUGGAACGGCAGCGCUGCCGGGGCGCUGUACACCGCCACGGCGCUCGGCUCGGACGGCCAGCGGCACAACUGCACCGGGCGCACCGGCUGCUCCCUCAGCACCCUGGGGUGUGCCACGGAGUACAACGUCUCCAUCACCCCCGCCAGAGGGGCCUGCAUGGGGUCUCAGAGCCCCACGCAGCUCGUCAGAACAGCCCCCUGUGUGCCCCGGCUGAGGGACGUGGAGAUGGACUGCCUGUCCGAAUCAGCCUGGGUGAUGUGGGAGGAUCCCGUCCGCAACCUGGGCCAGAACUACACCGUCACGUGCACAGACCAGCUGGGCCAAGUCGAGAGGUUUGAGUGUUCCGACACGCUUGGUCUUGUUUUGUGCGCAGUACCAAACAUGACCUGCGGGCGGCACCUCAACUUCACCCUCACGGCCAGCGACCAGCAGUGCCCCAGUGGGCCCAGCAACAUGAUCAUGACCGAGACCGCCCCCUGCCCGCCCCUGCACGUAAGAGCGGCGGUGGGCUGUGAGAACCGCACGGCGAGCGUGUCCUGGUGGCCCAGCCCCGGCGCGCUGACGUACACCGCCACCCUGGAGCACGCGGACGGCCAGACCACCUGCUGCACCACGGCCGGCACCGGCUGCGACAUCGCCGAGCUGCCCUGCGGAAACAUGUUUGUGCUGCUGGUCACCGCCGAGGGGAGGACCUGCAACAGCUCCCAGAGCCCCGGCAGCAUCAUCAGGACAGAGCCUUGCAUCCCGCUGAACCUGCGCGCCGACCUGAGCUGCAGCAGCAACGUGGCGUCCAUCCGGUGGGACCUCAGCCAGGGGGGACAGCAGUACCGCGUGGAGGCACGGAACGGCCAGGGCCAAAUCGUGGACGAGUGCCGGAACUACGAUGACAACUGCGAGCUGACGCGCCUGGCGUGCGGACAGCUGUACGCGGUCACGGUGGCGGCCGAGGACAGCGACUGCACCAGCGCGCCCAGCGACAGCGUGGAGAUCAGAACCGCACCCUGUACCCCGGCCAACGCCUCCGCCGCCGUGGACUGCGUGGACAACGCGUUGACGGUGAGCUGGAGCCAGAGCUCCGGCGCCGACUCCUACAGGGCCACCAUCGUGGACGCCAACGGCCAGAACAGCAGCUGCGUGGCCAUGGCGGCGGGGAACUGCAGCCUGAGCGGGCUCAGCUGUGGAAAGAUGUACCGCGUCUCGGUGGUCGCCUCCGACGGGGUCUGUGACAGCCCGCCCACCGACGUCAUGGAAACACACUCGGUGCCCUGUGCGCCCGGCAGCGUCGAGGCGCUGAUGGACUGCGCCUCGCGGACCGCCCUGCUGUCCUGGGGCCGGGCUGCGGGGGCGGUGGGCUACACGGUGACCGCCAGCCCCGUCUUCCUGGGCGACGCCGUCGCCCGCGACACCAGCGCGACCACGGCGGCCCUGGAGGGGCUGCAGUGCGGAGAGGCGUACUUCGUCUUCGUGAAGACCCGAGGCGACACAUGCGACAGCGGCUUGGUGCACAUGAGUGGACUGCUGCUGACCCAGCCGUGCGUGCCCAGCCACAUCUACACGGCCUACACCUUGGGCAUCGGCCAGGUGUCUUGGGACCCCGCGGCCGGGGCCGACCGCUACACGGCCCGCGCCGUGACCAGCGAGGGCGCGGCCGUCUCGUGCGACACAAUCGACACGAACUGUGACCUGCAGGGCUUAAACUGCAGCCAGCUGUAUAACGUGAGCGUGCGAGCACACAACAGCGCCUGCAAUGACAGUGUGGUGUCCCUGGAGCCGGAGGUCAUCCAGACAGAGCCCUGUGCGCCCUACGGCGUGCUCACCAGGGUGGAGUGCGACGCCGCCGCCGCCACGGUGAGCUGGGAGAGCAGUCAGGGAGCGCUGAGCUACGUGGUCAACAUGGAGGGCCGCAACGGCCACUCCCUGUCCUGCCACACCUUCACCACCUCCUGCACCCUGGCCGGCGUGCACUGUGGCACCGUGUACUACGCCUCGGUGGCGGCCCUGGGGGACCGGCUCAACAGCUCCGGCUUCAACACCGUCGUGAUGGCGUCAGCUCCGUGCGCGGCGGCGCAGCUGGAGGUGGAGGUGGACUGUCUCAACGACACGGCGGCGGUCAGCUGGGUCCCGGCGCUCGGAGCCGUCUCCUACACGGCGACGGCUGCCGCCGCCGACGGCCACCGGGCGGAGUGCGAGUCGCCGGCCGCCUCCUGCCUGCUGACGGGGCUUCAGUGCGGCCAGGUGUACAGCCUGGCCCUCAGCGCCGCCAACGAACAAUGCCAAACCCUGAGCACAGAGGACGUCGCCUUCAGCACGCGCCCCUGCCCCCCACAGCGUCUGGGGGUGGACCUGCUGCGUGGGGCCAGCUCCGCCCGGCUGCACUGGGAGCAGCAGCCCGGCGUGGAGAACUACACGGCCACGGCCAACUGCUCUGAUCACGCAGAGGUCACGGAGUGCGUCUCCACCAACGGCACCUGCGAGUUCAGCGCGCUGCACUGCGGCGAGAGCUACCAGUUCUCCGUGGUCGCCCACACCAGCAUGUGUCCGAGUGAGGUCAGCGGCACGGUGGAGAUGCAGACAGAGCUGUGUCAGGUGAGCCUGAGUGUGAACGGGUCGUGUGACAGCGAGACGCUGAUGAUGAACUGGACGGAGGCCACCGGCGCCCUGACCUACCUGAUCACAGCCGAAGGAGACCUGGGUUGGGUCAGAUACUUCCAGACCAACGACACCAUGCUGGAGGUGGAGCUGCUGUGCGGACAGAGCUACACCUUCACCGCGCGAGCGCAGGGGCAAAGCGGCGACGGGCCUGUCAGCGAUCCGGCCCAUUUCCUCGCAGCCCCGUGCGCGCCCCACGACGUUGAGGCCUUCGUGCAGUGCGAGGACCACCUGGGCUCCGUCAGCUGGGCCCUCAGCGACGGCGCCGACACCUACACGGCCGUGGCCAUCGCGGACGACGGCCACACCCACAUGUGCUACUCCCACAACAACACCUGCACCUUUGACGACCUGCACUGCGGCGAGCGCUACCAGGUGCACGUGGUGGCCCACGACCACGUGUGCUCCAGCGUGCCCAGCAACAGCACGUCCAUACGCAUGGCACCCUGCAUCCCCCAGGGCCUGCAGGCGACCCUGGACUGCUCCAUCAGGGUGGCCACGCUGACCUGGGACCGCAGUGAGGGCGCCGUCGUCUACAACGUCACCGCGGAGACCAGCGGCGGCCAUGUCCUGAGCGCCGGCACCGCGGGCACAGUGGCGCAGUUCUCCGACCUCCAGUGUGGCCAGAUGUACUUCCUGUCGGUGCAGGCGGUGGAUUCUGUGUGCCGGAGUGUCCGCAGCCCGGCCAUCUCCCUGGACUCAGCCCCCUGCCCCCCCACCAACGUCAACAGCUCCAUGGACUGCCUCUCCAACAUCGCCGUGGUGACGUGGAGUGCCUCAGCCGGGGCCGAGUACUACACGGCCGCCGUGACGGACUGGCAGGGCGGGGAGACCUGCAUGUCCUCCUCGGAGCAGUGCGGCAUGCCCAACCUGGGCUGUGGGCAGAACUACACCGUCACCGUCACCGCCCUGCGGCAGAACUGCCCCUCGGAGCCCAGCGCGCCGAGCACCCUGCAGUCAGUACCCUGCCUCCCCAGCGGGGUGGACAUCGUGAUGAACUGCUCCGCCCAGGAGGCUGCAGUGUCCUGGAGCCCCAGCCAGGGGGCGCUGUCCUACGCCGUGACGGCCAUGAGCGCGCUCGGGGACAUGUCGAGGUGCGCCAGCACCGGCCCCGGCUGCACGCUGACCAACCUCACCUGCGGGCAGUCGUACCGGGUCCAGGUGUUGGCCCUGGACAACAUCUGCUCCAGCCUUCCCAGCCGGGUGGCCAUGUUCAGCACAGAGCCCUGCCGGCCUGUGAUCACGUCCACGGUGCUCGACUGCUACACCGACACGGCGCUGGUGGAGUGGACGCACUCGGAGGGCGUGCUCUCCUACACGACGACGGCGCGCUCGGACGGCGACCACGUGGUCCACUGCACCACCAACUACACCAACUGUGAGCUCGGACCUCUGGAGUGCAGCCAGACGUACACGCUGAGCACCGUGGCCUCGGGCGACACGUGCAACAGCGAUGUCAGCGGCAGCGUGCAGCUCCCCUCCGUGCCCUGCCCCCCGUCGGCGGUGGUGAUGGAGGAGGACUGCUCGGCCCACGUGGCUCACGUGACGUGGGACCCGGUGGUGGGUGCGGACUCGUACCUGGUGCAGGCCUUUGGCGUCGAGGAGCACUUCGUCCAGUGCGCGAGCGUCUCCGGGGCGUGCACGCUGCGCGACCUGCUGUGUGGCUUCACCUACAACGUCACCGUGCUCGCCGUCAACAGCGUGUGCAACGUGUCUGAGAGCGCCGUCUCCGUGCUGCCGGCAGAGCCCUGCGCCCCCAAUAUGGUGCAGGCCGCCCUGGACUGUGAGUCGGGGGCCGUGUCCGUCUCCUGGGAGGCCAGCCAGGGGGCCGUCUCCUACACCGCGGUCGCCCAGGGCAACGGUUUCCCCGAGACACGCAACACCACGGGCACCACGUGUCAGUUCAGCGCCCUGCCGUGCGGCCUGCCCUACAGCGUCUUUGUGAGGGCGAUCGGCGAGGACUGCAGCAGCGCAGAUAGCACGGCUGUGCAGAUCGACUCAGUACCGUGUGAGCCCCAGCGGGUGGCAGCAGUGAUGGAGUGCAGCAAUGACACCGGCCUGGUGUCAUGGGAACAGGCAGAGGGCGGGCUCCCGUACCAGGUCCGUGCGUUCGGCGCCGACGGCCACGAAGUCGUGUGUAGCAGCGCCGGCGACGGCUGUGAGCUACCCAGCAUGCACUGCGGCCAGCUCUACAACCUGACAGUGACGGCGCUGGACGGACAGUGUGACAACGUCAGAGCCAACCUCAACCUGCAGUCUGUUCCCUGCAGGCCCACCAACGUGCGCACCUCGAUGCCGCCGUGCCCCUUCACCCAGGCCUCGGUGGCCUGGGAGCACGCCAGGGGGGCCCAGACCUACGCUGUCCAGGCCGGCUGGGGCGUCUCCUGUAACGCCACGACCGCCACCAGCUGCCCGCUGGGCGACCUGCUCUGUGGGCACACGUACAACGUCAGCGUGGUGGCCGCCGACGGCGUCUGCAGCAGCCCGGAGAGCGCGGGGGCUCAGCUCAGCACAGCCCCGUGCCCUCCCCAGGACGUGUCUCUGUCCAUGGAAUGCGAGGCAGGUAUCCUGACGGUGUCGUGGGCCCCUGACCCGGACGCAGACGCCUUCGUGGCCACGUUGGUGAGCGACACCUCGGCGCGUCACACCUGCGUCUCCGCCGGGACGGCGUGCUCCGUGGCGGGCCUGCCCUGCGGCCAGAGCUUCACCGUCUCCGUGGUGGCGGCGAGGGCGGGCUGCGAGAGCGAGCCCAGCGCCCCCCUGGAGAUCUCCUCAGCGCCGUGCGUGCCCCGGAACCCGGAGGGCCGGCUGGACUGCGUCACCAACUCCGCCUGGGUGUCCUGGGACAACGCGGGAGGCGCCCUGCGCUACACGGCGCUGACGGAGGCGCUGACCGGCGACCACAACAGCAGCUGCACCGCCCCGCCGUCCGACGGCUCCUGCGGCAUCCCGCACCUCAAGUGCGGCACGGAGUACGUCUUCCGCGUGGUGGGGGCCAACGACGUCUGCACGGGGGGCUACAGCAACAACUUCACGCUGGAAACAGCCCCGUGCUCGCUGGAGAACAUCACGGCCGUCCACGAAUGCGGCAGCAACCGGAUCCUGGUGAGCUGGGAGAACACGCCGGGCUCGCCGCAGUACGUGGUGACGGCCGAGGGCCCCGACCAGCGGUCCAUCUUCUGCAACAGCACCUUCAGCUCCUGCGAGCUGCAGGGCGCCGCCUGCGGCACGCAGUACACCGUCAUGGUGUCGGCCUCCUCCGACAAGUGCAGCAGCCUCCGCAGCCCGCCGAUGGACGUCACCACGGCGCCCUGUGUUCCCCGGAGCGUGGUGGUGGGCCGGUCCUGCGAGGAGGACGGGGCGGUGGUGUCCUGGUCGUCGUCCCCCAUGGUGACCUCCUUCCUGCUGACGGCCACCGGCGCCUCCGGGGACGUGCGGACGUGUGAGACGGCGGACGCCAGCUGCACGCUGGCCCGGCUGCCGUGCGGAGAGGCGUACGCGGUCAACGUCACGGCCAGCGACGGCAACUGCACCAGCGAGCCCAGUGUCGACGUCUUCUUCCAAACAAUGCCGUGCCAGCCCACCCAGCUGUCCGUGGACUACCAGUGUGAGGCCAACGAGUCGGUGGUGUCCUGGACGCCCAGCGAUGGCAGCCUGCAGUACCACCUUUACGCCAGCCCGGAGCUGGGGGGCGCCCCGAUGGUGUGCAGCACCCCUCACACGUCCUGCCGCAUGGCGCUGGAGUGCGGCAGCGUCUACAACCUGUCUGUGGUGGCGUCGGACCGCCUCUGCAACAGCUCCUUCAGCGCCCCUCUCCGCUUCGGGGCGGCCCCCUGCGCCCCAGACAGCUUGAGGGUCCGCGUGCGGCUGAUCGACGGCAUGCAGUUGGCCAUGGCGACCUGGCCGGCCGUGGCCUGUCCCGCCCCGGUGGAGUACCUGGUGUCUCUGGAGGGCCGCAUCCAGGACGACCCGCGGGCCCGGGUGGACCUGUGGUCCUACCCCACGGACCGGCUGUACUACGAGUUCCCCGUGCCCUGCAGCACGGUCUUCAACCUCACCGUGCGCUCGGUGAACGGCGCCGGGGUCAGCGUGGCCGGACCGCACUUCCACGGCCUCACGGCUCCUUGCCCUCCUGCUGAUGUGCGGUACAGCAGAGAGUUGUUCGACCAGAUCUCGGUGUUCUGGGACGAGUCAGUGUUUGCCACGGGGUACACUGUGUACAACAGUUCGGGGGCGAUUUGCAACACCAGCACAGUGUUCUGCCAGUUCCUCGAGGCAGACCCAGACAGCCUGUGGGUGACGGCGAGCAACGCAGUGGGAGAGAGCGAGCCCAGCACCAACAUCACGGGGCCAGUGUUCGUCCGUGGAAGACGGGAUCUGCGGAGUAAUGAGGUGGCAGCCGGGAGUCGGAGCGCGCUCAGCACCCCCGGCUCGGUGCGGCUGGAGGCGCGGCCCGCGGCCUCGCUGUACGUGGCGUGGACGGCCGUGCAGGACGCCACCCUGUACACGGUCAUCGUGAAGCAGCCCAGCGCCGCGCGGCCGGCCCUGGUCACCACCGUAGACACCGAGUUCACCACGGUGGGCGGACUGGAGCCCCACACCCGCUACUGCGUCACCCUAGCGGCCAAGAACGCCCUCGGCCAGAGCCCCUACUCCACGCCCCAGUGCCUCGCCACCGGGGCUCCAGAAUGAUGCACCCCCUGACCCCCCCCCUCACCCACCCACCCUAGCCCUGUGGACAUUGGACUGAAGCCAGUGACAUGUUUAAUGUCUCCCCCAUUUUUACUGGUUGAGAGUAGAUGGAUGAAAAUUAGGAGAAAAACAUUGAUUGGCAAAAGUACGAAUAAGGAUAAUAUUAUGGCUUCUUAAAAAGGAUUAGUAUUUCUUUGAAAACCUAAGACACCAAAAAUAGCUGUUACGGUUUUCUCUUAUGAGUUGUAUGGUCUAACUUAAUGAGUUAAUGAGAAAUCAAAGAGUCUUCUUUUUAGCAAUAGGUUGUUUAUUUCCUCAUGUAGAAUCAUUCGGCAAUUAGUUCUCUUAAGAAGGUUUUGCUGAAAUGAUAUUUAUCGCAAAUGGUAAUAUAUUUUUUGACAUGGGCAAAAAUGAUUACUUUCUGUUCAUCUUAGUUCUCCAGCUGAUUGUUCAAUCAAAUACUGUACACAGAGUGACAGUAAAGCUAAUGAAAGCAAAUACAUCGGUAAUUUAUCAAGAUUUUUUUUUAAACCAUACUGUGUAUUAUAUCUGAUGUACUAUAAUAUAUAUGUAUUCUCUCAUUUUAUGAACAGAGCUGUCUAAAUGGCUACCUGGUUGCCUGGAAAUAAUAAAUAAAAAGUCUCUUGCUG